AUGGAUGAAGGGAUAGAGGAGGGAACAGAUAAGGAUGUAGAGAGAGAGGAGAAUGGAAAGUUGGUGAAAAGCUGUUUGCUCUGUGUGUGCUAUAGAAGAGGAGUGGCCCCUUACUUAGCAGUUAUCUGUGCUCCUAUCCAGGGGCCGAGGGAGGAAGGCGGAGGGAAAAAAUGAGGGAGGUAGAGAGAGAGAGGAUAGUGUGGAUUAGAGAAAUUGCUAAAGAUGGUAGAGGUUAAUAGGAUGUGUCCCAAAUGGCUUCCUGUUCCCUAUAUAAUGCACUACUACUUGUGCACUCUGGUCCCAGGUCAAAAGUAGUGCAUUAUAAAGGGAAUAGGGUGCCAUUUGGGACACAGCCAUAGAUUAGAGAGGGGGGGGGGGGGAGUGUCUGCCCCCCUAUUUGAAGCCCUUCCGUUCCUUAUCCCUUCCCCCCUCUUUUUCCCAUUUAUCUCUGUGUUGCUUAGGGGCAGAGAGGUACUUGUUGUUGAAAACAGCCCCCCCCCCCCCCCCCCACUCAUAAUCAAACACAGAUACUGAACAUUGUGUCCCACAUGAAAAUCUAUUUUUAUCCUACUUAGAAGUAAUGGAAUACUUAGGAUAGUUGGCCACCAGACAACUUAAUAAGCAAACUAGCAGCAAGCGAUACCAAACAUUAGGCCUGUGGUUUUCUCCUCCCACACAGUGGCAGUGUGCUGGCCAUAUCUCCUCUGUUAACUGUUUGUUAAUGUACUAUUCCCAUCAGCGGAAUACAUUGGGACACAAUUAGUGUUUUGUCCUGCUGGGGCUAAACAUAGCAGGGAGAGGAGAAGAGAACAGUCAUGUUUGUUCUCCUGUGUGUGUGUGUGUGUGUGUGUGUGUGUGUGUUGUUUCUCAACAGAAAUGGAUGAUGGAGUACUACCGGUAUUAUAUCCUCCUCUAUUGUUCUUCCCAGACACUGUUUGCACUCUCCUGUUGGCUGGUGUGAUAAACUGUGUCAUUGAGAGAUGCCAUUUGAGUCCUUGGCGAUGCCAGAUCAGAUAUGUGCCUUUUUUAUGUGUCUCUGCUUAUGUGUGUCUUUGUUGUACGCUGUUGUAUGCAUGUUCUUGCGUUGUCUGUGCGCGUGUGCUGUCGGCGUCGGUGUGUGUGAGACGGGCGGGCAGACUGAGGGAACAGAUCUGUCUUUGUUGAGUGUUUGGGUGGCUCAGCUCUGCCAUGCUGUACCAUCUGAAUGACAGGACGGACACCUCACACAGCACAGCCUGGCUGGCAGACAAAGACACCGUUUUCUUUCUGACUGCGCUGUACUUUUAUCCUCUCUUAUUCGCUCUCUGUCUGUCUGUCUGUCUGUCACUCUCUGUCGCUCUGUCUGUCUGUCGCUCUGUCUGUCUGUCGCUCUGUCUGUCUGUCGCUCUGUCUGUCGCUCUGUCUGUCGCUCUGUCUGUCACUCUGUCUGUCGCUCUGUCUCUGUCGCUCUGUCUGUCUGUCUGUCGCUCUGUCUGUCUGUCUGUCGCUCUGUCUGUCUGUCUGUCGCUCUGUCUGUCUGUCGCUCUGUCUGUCUGUCUGUCGCUCGGUCUGUCUCUCUCUGCCUGUGUGUGUGUCUUGCCCUCUCUCUCUCUCCCCCCCAAAAAAAAUAUAUAUAUGUUGUCUUGUCAGCCGUACCCCCUCCUCUCUAGCCCCUCUUCCCAUCAUCACUAUGACUAAUCCUAAGUCACACACUAAAGAUGCACACUGAAACACAAUGGAGAGAAAAAACACACUCACACAGACGUGCUUUGACACAGGACACACUGGGAGCCCACAGACGUGUGUGUGUGUGUUUUUUUUCCUGUCUGCGUGUGUGUAUCCUGUCCCUGGCUGUGAGCCAGCCUCUGUCUGGGUUACUGGUGACUACUCCAGAGUGGGUUGGCUAUGGCCUAGCCAGGCAGCUUCCUGAGGGGGAGGCUAGUCGCUCCAGCUCUCCACAACACACACACACACACACACACACACACACACACACACACACACACACACACACCACUACUCCUUCGACAGCCACAUGUUGUCCCACUGCCAAACCAGAGCCCCAUAAACACACAUGAAAACAUAUGAAAGGGAUUUGACAGGGUGAGGAGUUGGAGGUGAGGCGGGGGGCGGGGGUAUUCGGAAUGCUGCUGGUAAAUGAAUUAGGCUAGCUAGGAGCCUGGGCUUGUAAACUGGAGCUCCUACCCCUUGCUGCAGUCUAGUUACACCCCUACCCUUCUACCCUGCGUCUGGGAGGUUGAGACUGAAGAAAGAAAGAGAGAGGGUGAAGCUGGGUGGUUUUAAUGGGGCAUUUCUCUCUGCUAUAGAUCCAGUCUGGUUAUUAUAAUGGGUUCAGAGGACUGUGUGUGAUGUGUGUCUUUCUGUCUCUGUGUAUGGCAGGUGAGGAACCUGUGCUACAUGGUGACGCGGCGGGAGAAGAUGAAGGGUUCCCUGUGUGACCUCCAGGAGAAGAUUUUCCACCUGCAGAUCCAGCUGCUGGAGGAGGACCUAGCUGGAGGUGAGUGGAACACACGUGGUCAGAGAGCCCAAACACAAGCUACCAUCAGCUGCAGUGUAGGGCUGUGGUUAAGAGAAACAGACACAGGAUGUACAAGUACAUUACCUUCCCACUACAUACAUACACACAUACAGUAUUACACUGCUGGGACUUCCUUCCUUCCUGUUAUAACCUGAACAAGGGUGAAUUCAGGACAGCAGUAUGUGGCCCUGUUCUAAUACUUUCAAAAUGCACCCUUCUUCUUAUCUCCUUGUUUAAACAUGCAUGUAUCCUUCCCUCCUUGAAGUAAUAUGGGAAUGGGAUGGAACCCUUGGUAAUGAGUUAGGGAAUACUUCAGGUUUCCAUUCCAUUCCCAUAUGACUUCAAGGAAGGAGAGAAGGAUGCAUGUGUAAAGUAUUUGAACAGAGCCCGUUACAGUGUCCCAGUGCUGCAGAGGCAGAUGGGCAGGGCCCUCCCUGUGUUCAGCCCUAAAAGCCCAGUGGAUUCACUCUAAGGACUAGACAGUGGACACAAAGCAAUAUUCUAUCACUGUGGAAGCUGAGAUCAUCCAGACACGGGCUGCGUCCCCAUUGGCACCCCUAUUCCCUACAUAUUGUACUACUUUUGACCAGGGUCCAUAGGACUCUGGUCAAAAGUAGUGCACUACAUAGGGAAUAGGGGUGCCAUUCGGGAUGUAUCCAUGUUAUGUGCUCUGACUAUACUCAGCGUUGGUUGGCUGUCCAUCUGCUGUGUGUGUGGAACAUGGGAAUAGCCCAGUGUUCUGUGUUGGGAGUCCAUCAGCCGUGACGUGUGAGAAGAGAACCCCUCUACUCUCCCUUCAUGACAGGCUAACUGAUGGUUCUUGUGAGCUGGCAGGGGGGAGAGGGAGGGAGGGAGGGAGGGAGAGAGGGAGGGGGAGCGAGAGGGUGGGACAGAGGAAAAGGGUGGUAGCUCCCGAGUGGCGCAGUGGUCUAAGGCACUGCAGCGCAGUGCUAGCUGUGCCACUAGAGAUCCUGGUUCGAAUCCAGGCUCUGUCGUAGCCGGCCGCGACCGGGAGACCCAUGGGGCGGCGCACAAUUGGCCCAGCGUCGUCCAGGGUAGGGGAGGGAAUGGCCGGCAGGGGUGUAGCUCAGUUGGUAGAGCAUGGCGUUUGCAACGCCAGGGUUGUGGGUUCGAUUCCCACGGGGGGCCAGUAUGAAAAAAAUUAAAUGUAUGCAUUCACUAACUGUAAGUCGCUCUGGAUAAGAGCGUCUGCUAAAUGACGUAAAUGUAAAUGUAGGGGGAGAGAGAAGUAGAGGGAGAAAGAGGGAGAAAGAGAGAGAGAAAGAGGGAGAGAAAUGUAGAGAGAGAAAGAGGGAGAGAGAAGUAGAGAGAAAGAAAGGGAUAUGAGAGAGGUCGCCCAGUCAUUAUGAUACCGACAGCCCCAUCUUUCUCCAUCUAAGGGAGCAGGGUGCAGGCAGAGGCCCUGGUUGCGUCCCAAAUGGCAGCCUAUUCCCUUCAUAGUGUGCAACUUUUGACCAGGGCCCAUAGGGCUCUGGUCAAAAUUAGUGCAGUUUAUAGGGGUGCCAUUUGGGAUGCAUCCACUGAAGCAGUGUGUUCUAUCACGGGGCUCUCUGUCCCCUCCCCGGCUCUGUGUGUCGGCCCCUCAUUUCCAUGUGUGAAUAGAUAUGGCUGCUUAGCACCGGGCAGCCAACACAGGCCCCUGAUAGUGCUGAAAAGUGCAGAGUUAGGAGGUCUUACAACACAGCAGCGGGCUUUGGGGGCUCAGGAAUGAUGAACACUGCAAAUUGAGUACCGGCUGGGGAGACUCUCAACUCCCCAGGCUAACACACAAGCACACACAGACAUAGGCACAAGUGGACACAUACACCCUUCCUUUUCCACACAUACACAGAACCCACUCCAACACACACCUGAACUAACAUAGCCUAUUCCUCUUUCAAAUGUUAAUAUGCACAUAAAUUCCCACCCAAACCCCUCCCCUUUUCCAACACACACGCACUUCCUCCCUCUCUAGUUUCUCCCUCUAGAGAGUCCUGGCUAGUUAUUCUGGAUCACAGUGGCUCAUUUCCAAUUCCUUCUGACAGACACACAGGGGAAGCCCUCAGACUCUCUGCCCUAGGCCCUUGACUUGGCCAAGUGUACUAGUGUGUAAAGACUAUCAGGCCUGUGAGUGUGGUUACUAGGGGUCCGGUACUGGGGCCAGAGGGAGGACAUGGACACUGCAGGUUGACUACUACUACACCACAACUACUCACAUAACUGGGGGCUGUAAUGGAGUCAGGGUCAGGGAGAGUCCCAAAUGGCACCCUAUUCCCUAUGGGCCCUGGUCAAAACUAUUGCACUAUAGAGUGAAUAGGGUGCAUAUUUGGAACGCAGAUUUUUAUCUGUCUAGGGAUAGACAUUCUACUCAGGUCUUAAAGGUACCUUCCUACCGGGUUACCUUCCUGUAGACCCAGAGCAGGGCAGAAUAGAUGUGUGUGUGUGUGUGUGUGUGUGGAGAGAGGACUCUGGGCUGAGCUCUCUGUCUUCUAGAGAGAGAGGGCGCAUGGAGUAAAAAGAAUCUCUGGGGUGUCGUGCUAAUGAGCGCAAGUAAGAAGUGGGACACGGUGCAUCACACACAAACACACACACUCAAACACACAUACACUUACACACCAUCUCCUUUACACACACACACACACACACACACACACUGCAGCUGAGUGCUCCCAGAAAGAGAUGAAAUGAACCACACACUUCAAAAAGACUAAUCCCUUGACAGCACUGCACCUCACCGACAACGCCAGAAAAUGUAAAUGAGAGGAGAGAGAGAGGGAAAGACGAGGAGAGAAAACAACUGAUCUGACAACGCAAAUGUCUCUCCAAGUUAGUCUGUUGCAGAAAGGAUGAGUUUUUUUUCUCCCUUCAGCACACAUAUUGACAGAAAUAGCCAACGCAUCACUCAUAAAUAUUACCUUCGGUCCUACACACAUUUAACGGCAGUGUUCAGGCACACACACACACACACAACAGAUUUUUUUAAACAACAUGUACACAUAUGCACACACACACAUCAUGGGUAGCCUCAGUGUGAAACACAACCCUCCGGGAGGACACCGUGAGGUACCACUCAGCCCCCCUCAUGCAUGUCCUGCUCCUCCAUGCUAGGGGAAGCAUGAUGGAGGGAGGCCCUCAGUGCCCCCACAACUCAACUCAGCCUCUAUUAUAACCAGCAUGAGAGGAAGUCUGGCGUGCACACCAACCGCUCCACUGUUGGUCUAAGCAGCUGGAGCGUGUUAAAACAUGUCCCACAACAAUAAGUGCCUCCACAGAGAGAGGGGGGGGAGCCGCCAACCCAACCCAACCGCACGCACAGCUAGUGGGACGUUUUCUCAGCAGGGGGCUCUCCCUCUAUGUUAUGUGUCUCUGUGAGUGUCCAAAUAGAUGUUAGUGCAGAUGUAUAUUUAUUGUAAGUGUGCUUGUUUGUGAGCGUACCUGUGAAUAUUUGUAGUUGUGAGUGUUGGUGAAUUUCCUGUGUCUCACAGUCCCCAAUGACUAUACACAAGAGCUGUGAAUAGAGAUACUGAAGGUUUUGACUGUGAGGGAUUUCUUUGGUCGGAGCGUUUCUGAGAAGUGGGGACGGUUUCUCAGUUUGGUCUGUCAGGUUAUGGGAUGUUUCUCUCAUCACAACGAUUAGUCCAGCUGGUGGGAUAAAAGGUGCCAUUCUGGGGUCAGGUGGCUCAGUUUCUCAGUGUCUGGUUCACUCUGACUGGGAAACUGAACCAGGAUGGAGACAAGGAGCCUCAAGGUACUGCUUAGUACUGGGGCUCAGGAGUCCAAUGACUUCUGAAUGUUUUCCACACGAGAGGCUGUGAAUGACCCCCAAUUCAGUUUACAAUGAAAUCAAACAUUGACUGCUACAGUGAGGGGAAAAAAGUAUUUGAUCCCCUGCUGAUUUUGUACGUUUGCCCACUGACAAAGAAAUGAUCAGUCUAUAAUUUUAAUGGUAGGUUUAUUUGAACAGUGAGAGACAGACUAACAACAAAUAAAUCCAGGAAAACGCAUGUCAAUAAUGUUAUAAAUUGAUUUGCAUUUUAAUGAGGGAAAUAAGUAUUUGACCCCCUCUCAAUCAGAAAGAUUUCUGGCUCCCAGGUGUCUUUUAUACAGGUAACGAGCAGAGAUUAGGAGCACACUCUUAAAGGGAGUUCUCCUAAUCUCAGCUUGUUACCUGUAUAAAAGACACCUGUCCACAGAAGCAAUCAAUCAAUCAGAUUCCAAACUCUCCACCAUGGCCAAGACCAAAGAGCUCUCCAAGGAUGUCAGGGACAAGAUUGUAGACCUACACAAGGCUGGAAUGGGCUACAAGACCAUCGCCAAGCAGCUUGGUGAGAAGGUGACAACAGUUGGUGCGAUUAUUCGCAAAUGGAAGAAACACAAAAGCACUGUCAAUCUCCCUCGGCCUGGGGCUCCAUGCAAGAUCUCACCUCGUGGAGUUGCAAUGAUCAUGAGAACGGUGAGGAAUCAGCCCAGAACUACACAGGAGGAUCUUGUCAAUGAUCUCAAGGCAGCUGGGACCAUAGUCACCAAGAAAACAAUUGGUAACACACUACGCCGUGAAGGACUGAAAUCCUGCAGCGCCCGCAAGGUCCCCCUGCUCAAGAAAGUACAUAUACAGGCCCUUCUGAAGUUUGCCAAUGAACAUCUGAAUGAUUCAGAGGAGAACUGGGUGAAAGUGUUGUGGUCAGAUGAGACCAAAAUCGAGCUCUUUGGCAUCAACUCAACUCGCCGUGUUUGGAGGAGGAGGAAUGCUGCCUAUGACCCCAAGAACACCAUCUCCACCGUCAAACAUGGAGGUGGAAACAUUAUGCUUUGGGGGUGUUUUUCUGCUAAGGGGACAGGACAACUUCACCGCAUCAAAGGGAUGAUGGACGGGGCCAUGUACCGUCAAUUCUUGGGUGAGAACCUCCUUCCCUCAGCCAGGGCAUUGAAAAUGGGUCAUGGAUGGGUAUUCCAGCAUGACAAUUACCCAAAACACACGGCCAAGGCAGCAAAGGAGUGGCUCAAGAAGAAGCACAUUAAGGUCCUGGAGUGGCCUAGCCAGUCUCCAGACCUUAAUCCCAUAGAAAAUCUGUGGAGGGAGCUGAAGGUUCGAAACCUUAAUGACUUGGAGAAGAUCUGCAAAGAGGAGUGGGACAAAAUCCCUCCUGAGAUGUGUGCAAACCUGGUGGCCAACUACAAGAAACAUCUGACCUCUGUGAUUGCCGACAAGGGUUUUGCCACCAAGUAGUAAGUAAUGUUUUGCAGAGGGGUCAAAUACUUAUUUCCCUCAUUAAAAUGCAAAUCAAUUAAAAACAUGCGUUUUUCUGGAUUUUUUUGUUGUUAUUCUGUCUCUCACUGUUCAAAUAAACCUACCAUUAAAAUUAUAUACUGAUCAUGUCUUUGUCAGUGGGCAAACGUACUAAAUCAGCAGGGGAUCAAAUACUUUUUUCCCUCACUGUAUAUAGCCUACUCAGUAUUUGACUGUGUAUACAUUAUGCAACCGUAUUUAACUGCUGCACACCAUAUGUGUUCCAAAUGGCACCCUAUUCCCUAUAUAGUGCAAUACUUUUGACUGCAGCCUUGCACAAUAUAGGGAAUAGGGUGCCAUUUGGGACACACACAGUAUGUCCCCAAGGGUACAGCCAAUCAGUAGAAAAACAGUAGUUGAUCUACUCUCUCAUGAGAGAAAAUAUCCCAGUCUUGCGUCUGCUUCUCCCUGACUUCAUGCAUGGCUUGCUCCACUGCAAUGUUGCUCUAUUUCCUCUGCAGAGAAAACCAUGAAGGGCCAUAAGGGAAGACAGAACGGGGUGAAGGAGAAGGGGAAGGAGCGGCGGAAAAGCAGUCCGGAGAAGAAGAAAGAGAGGUGGAAGUCUGACAACGGCUCCCUCCUCAAACAGCUAGGUAUGUCUGCCACACCACAAAGGGGUUUGUGUAUGCGGUGUGAGUUUCCAGUUGAGUUGAUGACGUAUAUAACACCCACUCCCCCCUGAGUUGCUAUCACAUCUCCCCAGACUUGUCCAGACUCGCACCAUCUAGAUCUGAGUGCCGAUUCACCACCCUUCUUCUGAAGUGUGCUCUUGCAGACUCCCUGUCAUGGAUUUAACAAUGUUGGAAAGCCAAUGCUUACACCAAUCCAAAGCAUUCAAAUCAAUGACUGGGAGUGUGCAAGUGCACACUUUGGGCGAAGUGUGGAGAAUCAGGAUGCAGCCUAGGUCUCCUCUGUGGAUACCAUCUCUGGAGAAUACAUCAGUGUUAGUGCUGAGCGAUUAGUGCUUUUUGAGGUUGUUUCGGUUCGAUUCAUAAAAAAUAAGCACGGUUUUAGGUUUCCAUUAUGUCAGUUGAAUGCUGUAACACAGAAUAAAACAAUUAAUAAAAGUCCCAUGAUGGUAGUGACUGCCCAUUACUGCAUAUCACUUAUUAACCAUCAGUUAUUCACUUUACUUUACUUUAAUAAAAUAUUUCAGUUGGUGUAUAUUGUAUUUUUUUAAAUUGUAUUAUUCCAUUCCAAGUCAUCUCAUCUCUAUAGAGCUGCUGCUUGUGCUGUCUGACAAAAUCACUAUUUCAGUAGUUCUUCAGAGUAAAUAAGGCAUAGUUUUAUGACUGCUGAAUAACAGCUAUCGGUCAUUUAGAUCAUGUAUUUCAGGUAGAGAUACCUUGCGAAGCAACAGCUGCUCUCUGUAUCACCUCACGAUCCUGCAUUCUUCUCUGUUGAGUAGCAGGUGUAAAAGAAACACAGACCGGACAAGUAGAUGCGCAAUGGAUUAUGGUCAUUGUAGUUAAUUACAACAUUUUAUACCCUAAACUAUGUAGAAUAUUAUCCUGUUGGAAACUACAACUCCCUACUACAUCGCACAGUUCAGGCUGGAUCUGAUUUAUCUCUAGGGAAACUGCAAUGUGCGCAUUGAGCUUAGAAGAAAACUGAACUAAAUGGAAUUCAAAUAAUUGAACCGACGUCGGUCAAUUAGUUGUUUAAUAACCGAAAAAUAACCAACAUUUCGGUUAAUCCAAACUCUCCCGAGCUGAUGAUCAUGAUGAAGAUGCUUACAGUAUCAUCAUUCAGGGGGAAAGUCUUUCCACAGUUGCACAUACUCAACUAGAAGCAUCCUUCAACCCCAGUCAAUCUGUAGAACCGUUAACAGGGAGUCGACUAGGAAACGGUUAGCCAAUGUUUAUGUCUGUGGUUAUCCUGUAAUAUUUAACUUUCUGGGUCAAUGCCUUUCUUUAGCAGACAUGACUAACCCGCUGAUGUGACGUGAGUGGCUUGGCCCCUUUAGUGGAGCUGAGGACCAACAUAUGGUCAUGACAGGAGGAGCCUUUAUGACCGGAGCCUUGGUAACAGUACCAAAGAAGAAUCAUGUCCCACAUGUGUCCACAGAGCCUAUGUCUCUAAGAGCUCCCGUAGGACCAGUGCUUCCCAAUGCCGAUCCUUAUACUUCACUUUCAGCUUUUCAUUAUGUUAACCACUCCAAAACCAGUACACAGGUGGACCUAGCGAAGGACUUGCAUGAGGGAACCUAUGUUUGAUUCCUAUUACAUAGGGGAACCUAUUGUUACAUUAUCAGCAGUGCUUCGGUACUGCAAACACACACUUCAGCCUUCAGAUUCGGUUCUACCUGUAGCACAACACACAGUAGGCAGAGCGCUGACCUUUAGGUUAAGGUAAAUAACAAGUUUAACAGUGGCUAGCAGUGGUUUCUUCCUGACUGUCCUUCACAGUUAUAUAAAUGCUACACAGUGUUGUGAUAACAGAACAGUAACAGAGCACUGUGUUUUUUGUGUUUUUUUUCUCUCUGCCUGACUGAUUCAUCAGAUGUUAUCUACUCUGCCUACCUGAUCGUGUGUGUUUUGAGGACAUCUGCUCUCUGUCAGACUGCUCAGUAGUGCUCUGACGACUCACAGGGCUGACUGUGUACUAUGUAGGAUCAGGUUGACAUACACUCCAACUCUACCUUUAAGCAAUUAACCCCAAAUGUGUGUGUGUGUGUUGUUUCUCAACAGAAAUGGAUGAUGGAGUACUACCGGUAUUAUAUCCUCCUCUAUUGUUCUUCCCAGACACUGUUUGCACUCUCCUGUUGGCUGGUGUGAUAAACUGUGUCAUUGAGAGAUGCCAUUUGAGUCCUUGGCGAUGCCAGAUCAGAUAAGGCAGAGAGUUACUGAGAGGAGUCCCAACUAUAGCCAUGGAAACACAUCUGUUUGUCUGGCUUGGUGCAUGUGUACCUUCUCAGGUGGACAUUAAAAACAAUGUCAAUAGUAUUUUCAUGGUAAAAGGGGUAGAGGUUCAACCUUAAAGCCCGGUGGAAUUGUCAUGGUGUGGGUCCAGUAUCCCUGCCCGCCGCCUGUUCUUUCUGAGCGCCAUGGGUGCGUUGUGGUGCGUGCCCCCUGCUAAGGCAGAGCUGCUCUCUUAAAUCCCCAGGCUUUAGUGUGUGACCUUCCUUUAUGGAACAGGAUAACCCAGGGGGUCAGAGGGCAGGGGAAAGCAUUUCCUGAUAAGGCAGCAGGACAGAGGCUGGCAGAGUCUCAAAUUGCACCCUUUUCUCUAUAUAGUGCACUACUUUUUGACCAGAGCCCUAUGGGAAUAGGGUGCCAUUUGGUAUGCAGAUGGAUCCUGGCAUCUGGCCACCGUGAUAAGCCUGUUGUAACGUGACCCCUGGGUGGCAGACAGAGUGGAGUAGAGUACCUCUGAGUGUUAUAGUGGUGAAAUAGACUGGAAGACCUUCUGGGUGUUGAUAUUGAGAGUGCUGGAUAAUAACUCUCUCUCCCCAGACUGAUACUUUGGGCAUCAUUUUAACACUUAAUUUGUGUUUCUGCCUCUAAGUUCUUCAGGCAUCGAGUUUACAGUGCUCUCUCUUUCUGACUCUCACUGCUCACUCCCCUCUCUUUCCCUCUCCCUUUCCCUCGCUCUGUGCGUAUGCAGGGUUGUCAGGGCGACAGUUGGCACCUGAGAACAAUUGGCACACUGUAGCGUGGCCUGCACAAACACAAGUCUGACUCUGCCCCAGCCAGUGCAUUCCUGGCCCUGCCUAGCCUAGCCUAGCUUAGCCUACCUCCCUCCCUGGCCCUACCUAGCCUAGCCUAGCUUAGCCUACCUCCCUCCCUGGCCCUACCUAGCGUAGGUCUAGCCCUGUCUCAGCCAGCGCAUUCCUAGCCCUACUAGGCCUCGCCUAGCCUAGCGUGGGCUGCUACCAUACCGCAGCAGCCUAGGCCCCAGGGCUGCUUUCACCGGGUCCAAGGAGCAGAGCCAGGAGAGGGGAGGAGGAGAGGAGCGGCUGCAGCCAGCAGACAUGCGCAGCAGGGUGGGUUGGAGAUGAGGAGGAGAGGUGGGGCAGAGUGGGUCACGACCAGCCCCCGCCCUCCUUUCUCUCUCUUCCAACUCUGCUCCCUCCCUCCCUUUCUGUUCCCCCCUUCCUCCCCUUCUCUCUGUUCCACCACCCCUCCAUCCCUCCUCUCAUUCCCUCCACACCUCCCUCCUCCCCUCUCUAGUCUCCUGUCUCCAGCAGAGGCGCUGGUGCUGUUGCUGUGUCAUGGAAACUGCUGGCCUGGGUGUGCUGACCCAAUCCCAGCAGCUCCUGCUGACCUCCUGGUGGGCACAGGGCUUUAGGAAGGAGGGGGUGACUGGCUAGAGGAGAGGGGAAGAGAGAGGCAGCAUCCCAAAUGGCUCCCUACUAUCUAUUUAGUGCAGUACUGUGCCAUUUCGGAUGCAGAUUAAGAAUUUCGGAUGGACCCAAUACUUUUUCAAUAGGAGUCAUCCGUUGCCAGUUAAAUGACAACGGGGAUGCAUUGUCCAACAAAAACACACAAACGGUCUGUCUUUUUACAUAUUCAACUCGUCCGACAAUACUUGACUUUAGUUGUACUUUUGACAGACAAAAAAAACGGACAAUGAUAUAGGUCAUGUACGAUUUGAUCCGUGUUCAUGCGUCUGAGUGUGGCGGCCGUAGCCUUAGGGGCUGGGCUAACAGGUGGAUUUAACAGGUGAUGACUUGGUCAGGAAUGUUGAGGGUUGUGUUGGUGUGACCUCUUGGCACCUCUUUGUCCUGUGAAUCUCAUUAUGUGGUCUAUAGGAAUCCGGUACAGUAGAGUAGAUGGUAGUGGGAGGUAAGGUAUACUGACUAUCAUCUCAGUUUGGGGGGAAAGGUAGAUUUUGUUUUCCAAUCUUCUCUCCCUGCCUCCCCACACCCCUACCUCCCUCCCUCCGUGUCUCUGUGCUAAAAUGUUGACAUGCCCAGCAGAGAGCAUCUCUCAAGUUGAUCCUCCCUGCCUCCUCUCCUCCCUCUAUCCCUCCCUCCCUGCCUCCUCUCCUCCCUCUAUCCCUCCCUCCCUGCCUCCCCUUGCCCCUCUCCCUCCUCCUCUAUCCCUCCCUCCCUGCCUCCUCUCCUCCCUCUAUCCCUCCCUCCCUGCCUCCUCUCCUCCCUCUAUCCCUCCCUCCCUGCCUCCUCUCCUCCCUCUAUCCCUCCCUCCCUGCCUCCUCUCCUCCCUCCCUCCCUCCCCCCCUGCCUCCUCUCCGCCCUCUAUCCCUCCCUGCCUCCUCUCCUCCCCUCCCUCCCUCCCUGCCCUGCCCCUCCUCCUCCUCCUCCCUCUAUCCCUCCCUCCCUGCCCUUCCUCCUCUCCUCCCUCUCAUCUCCUCCCUCCCUGCCUCCCUUCUCCCUCCCCCUCUACAUCCCUCCCUCCCUGCCCUCCUCUCCUCCCUCUAAUCCUCCCUCCCUUCCUCCCUCCCUCCUCCCUCCCUCUAUCCCUCCCUCCCUCCCUCCUCCUCCUCUCCUCCCUCCCUCCCUCCCUGCCUCCUCUCCUCCCUCUAUCCUCCCCUGCCUCCUCUCCUCCCUCCCUCCCUCCCACCCUGCCUCCUCUCCUCCCCUCUAUCCCUCUCCCUGCCCCUCUCCUCCCUCCCUCCCUCCCUCCCUCCUCCUCCCUCCCUCUAUCCCUCCCUCUCAUCCCUCCCUCCCUUCCACCUGCUCUCCCUCCUCUCUAUCCCUCCCUCCCUGCCUCCUCUCCUCCCUCUCCCUCUCCUCCCCUCCCUGCCUUCCUCUCCUCCCUCUAUCCCCCUCCCUCCCUGCCUCCUCUCCUCCCUCUAUCCCUCCCUCCCUGCCUCCUCCUCCUCCCUCAUCCCUCCUGCCCUCCCACCCCCUGCCCUCUUCCUCCCUCUCAUCCCUCCCUCCCUCGCCUCCUCUCACUCCCUCUACCCUCCCUCCCCCCCCUCGCCCUCCUCCACUCCUCCCUCUCCUAUCGUCCUGCUCCUAUCCUCCCCCUCCCUUCCCUCCUCUCCUCCCUCCCUCCCCUCCCACCCUGCCCUCCUCCCUCCUCCCUCUCACUCCCUCCCUCAUCCCUUCCUCCUCUCCUCCCUCUAUCCCUCCCUUCCGCCUCUCCUCCCCUCCCUCCCUCCAGUCCUCUGUCCGUGUUCCUUCCUCCUCCUCCCUCUUCACCUCCCUCUCCCCUCCUCUCCUCCCUCCCUCCCUCUCUCCCCUUCCUCCUCCCUCCUCCUCCUCCCUCUCAUCCCUCCCUCCCCCUCCUCCUCUCCUCCCUCUAUCCCUCCCCUCCCUGCUCCUCUCCUCCUCUCCUCCCUCUCCCCCCCUUCCUCCCCCCUCCUCCCCUCUCCCUCCCUGUCCUCCUCUCCUCCCUCUCCCUCCCUCCCCCCUCCUCCUCCUCUCCUCCCUCAUCCCUCCCUCCCUGCCUCCUCUCCUCCCUCCUAUCCCUCCCCUCCGCUGCCAUCCUCCUCCUCCCUCUAUCCCUCCCUCCCUGCCUCCUCCUCCUCCCCUCUAUCCCUCCCCCCUGCCUCCUCUCCUCCCUCUAUCCCUCCCUCCCGCUCCUCUCCUCCCUCCCUCCCUCCACCCUGCCUCCCUCUCCUCCCUCUAUCCUCCCUCCCUUCCUCCUCUCCUCCCUCCCUCCCCUCCCACCCUGCCUCCUCUCCUCCCUCUAUCCCCCUCCCAUCCCUCCAUCCCUCUCCUCCCCUCUCCUCCCUCCCUCCACCCUCCUCCUCUCCUCCCUCUUCCCUCCUCCCUUCCUCCCCCCCCCCCCUCCCUCCCCCCUGCCCCUCUCCUCCCUCUCCUCCCUUCCCCCCCCCCCUAUCCCUCCCUCCAUCCCAACCCUCCCUGCUAUUUCCCCCUCCUCUCCUCCUCCUCCCCCCCUGCCUCCUCUUCCCUUCCUCUCCUACUCGGCCUCUCCUUCCCUCCCUCCGCCUCUCCCUCCUCCCUCCUAGCCUCCCCUUUCCGUCCUUCUUCACUGCUCCCUGCCUCCUCUCCCCCUCUCUCCUCCCUCUCUCCUCCCUACCUUCCUCCCUGCAUUUCCCUGUGCCACUCCUUCCGUGCCUCCUCUCCUCGGUUGUGUUCCUCCCAUACUUCCAUAGGGGCUGUGGUGGAAUUAGCCUUCUUUGUUAAUGACUGUGAUUAAAAAUGCUAUUCUAAGUAGGAUCUUAAUCUCAUUAAACAGUGCAGGCAGGCUGCUAAUACUCUGCUAAUACUCUCUCCACUGCUAAUACUCUCUCCCUAUGCCAGCCAGCGCCUUACUCAUCACCAGACAGAGACACACAUUUAAGGAGGUUAUUGUAGCUCAUUCAAACAACAACACACCUAUAGGGUUUAAGUGUAUUUUCAGCAGGUCUACCUUAAAAAUAGGCUUAUGUAUGUGUGUGCGCGUUCAAGCUCUGUUUGUUGGCAGGUGUGCGUGUAGGUGUGUGAAAUCAUUUGUCAACAGUGGCUCAUGAUAUUUUGGGUUGACAGGACCCAGUGUGUUUCUAGUUUAGGGGCAGGGUUGGGGGAGUGGAGGGUGUUACCCAGGUUGCUGUCCCUGAUGCCGAACAGCAUCUCCCAGACCGUGGGAGAGGGACUUCAUGGGAUUGGAAUAGGGGUAGUGGAUGGAGCUAUAGGGGUGUCCUGAAUGGCACCCUAUCCCUGGCCUAUAUAGUGCACUACUUUGACCAGAACCCUAUGGGCCCUGGUCAAAGUAGUGCACUACAAUAGGGGCUCUCCCUCCUUCCCUCUAUUUUCUGUGAGAAUCGAUGUUCCCGAGCUGCAGAGAGGCUCUGGCAGCCAACUCUGGGCCAUAAUGACAGACAAGGAGGCAUGCAAAUCUCCUAAUUAUAUACACACACAGCAUGCAUUGUCUCCAAAAGCUGCGUUUGACAGUGAAAGUCCCUGGUGGUGGUGGUGACAAAGUACAGACAGACAGACAGACGCAGAACGGGGCUAAUGCAUUGUUUAAACUCACACAGGAAGUGGGUUGAUUGGGUAAGUCCCAAAUGGCACCCUUUUCCCUAUGUACUGCACUACUUUAGACCAGGGCCCAUAGGGCUCUGGUUAAAAGUAGUGCACUAUAUAGGGAAUAGGUUGCCAUUUGGGAUGCACUCAUAUACCGCCUGUUAAAUGGUUUUACAUUCAUUAUUGAUUUAGUGAAGGAAAGUCUGGUCAGGUUUAGCAUCAGCACUUAGACCACAAAGCCCCCAGACUAUACUUUGUCACCCAGUCCUACGCUUUGUCUUCCUAUGUUUUCAAGGUUGUUCCAGACUUCCUCCCAGAAGGCUUUAUGUUUUGGACGGAACAGUUGAUCCUACUAACCUCCCACAGACAUUCAUGAGAUAUAAGAAUAAUCUAUAUAACAAGGGUGUCAAAUUCAAUUCCUGGAGUGCCGUGUGUCUGCAGGUUUUCAGUCCUCACUUGUACUUAAAUGAUCAAUUAAGGUCAAUGAUUAAUUAAGAACUCCCCUUUACCUGGUUGUCUAGGUCUUAAUUGGGCACGAAUUGAAAGGAAAUAACAAAAACUGCAGACACAUGGCCCUCCUAGAAUUGAGUUUGACACCCUUGCUCUAGAGUGUGGUCCUCUCACCUGUCCCCUGUCCAUCUCUCCCCCAGGUUUCCCCAAGACCUUCCCUCUGGACAACUCCCUGUUUGACAGCUGGCUGGCCCAGUCGGUGCAGAUCACGGCUGACGACAUGCUGAGCCAGUGGGCCCUGGACGACGGGCAGCACCGUGACAAGACGGCCAGCCUGCUGUCUGACCAGCUGCUGCAGGGAGAGGAGAGCCUGCUCAGCCUCAUGAUGGACCACUCCAUGAAGUCCACCUGGAAGACCCCUCAGCUGGGCCGCAAGACCCGGGGCAAGCCCAGAGCCCGGGGCCAACACUCCACCACCAACACCGCCGCAGCAACCACCCCGCCUUCUGCCACCGCUGUCAGCCCCCCUGCUGCUGCCACCGCCUCCUCCACAGCCAAGGGGCCUCUGCUGGCAGAUGAGAGGCCAGGCCAUGGGACCCAUAGAGGGGAGAGGUCCCGGAGCUCCAAGGCCCUCCACCACCAUCACCACCACCCCCAGACCAGGAGCACUGAAGUGCCGCUGGACCCGCCGCCGCAGCCACCCACCUCCAAAAUGGACUCCUGUCACAUCUCGGAGGAGCGCGGCCCCUGGGACAGCCUCACUGGUACAGGGGCAGCAUCCGCCCCCACGCCACCUCUGGCCUCCUGCUCCCCCCCACAGCCCUGCAGUAGUCCCGGGACAGUGCCUAAGGGGAGGUCAGGUGCGGGUCCCGGUCACCGCACGGCCCUGCGCCUCCGCCUGCCCCGGCAGGGUAAGUCCCGGGGGAAGGGUGGGGGUGGAGGGGUGAAGGAGAUGGUGGAGCGCCCCCUGGAUAGGGAGAGAGAGAGGGACACCCACCCAGUGAAGGAGACGUCAUCGUCAUCGCUGCUGGACCCCGAGACGGAUGGCUACUUCUCUGACGCCGAGCAGAGCGACUCGGACACGCGCUCCAGCGGCCGCAAGCUCCGCUUGGCCCAGUUGCAUUCUGGGAGCGAGGACCUGCUGAGGAGGAGCGUGCUAGCGUUGUAG